AUGUCCAAGAAGAUCUGUCAACUCGAGGAGGUUCAGUCUCGUUUUCAAUCCGAGGCCGAGAUUCUUAACGUCGACCUUGAGAAGGCUCAGAACAUCAUUGCCUUCUUGGAGCGUGCCAAGGAGCAACUCGAGAGACAAGUGGAAGACCUCAAGUACGUGAAAGCUGUCGAGCAGAAGAAGGCUCUUGCUCGCAAGGACGAUAUUUGUACUGUCUGGCUACUCAAAACACAAACGAAAACAACGUAG